AUGUUGGCAAGUGUUUGGGAAAUGACUCGACAUUGGGGAUCAUUCCUGGAGCGGCAACAUGUCGACGCUGAUGCUUUCUGUUUCCCGCAGGACGACAAAAGGUCUAAAAUCGAAUUCUAUAUCCCGUUGGUCUUUUAUCUGUUCGGAUUCUUGACCUUCUUCAUGUCGCUCCUCCGUAACUGGAAUCCCAUCACUAAAGCAUGGGGCACCGGCGGCGCCCAAACAGCCACCGAUCCACGUUUCCGCGCCGCCUGUUUCUUCGCAUUCUUCGCUCUUGUGAUCAUCAUCCUUUCAGUAUUUGUUUCCCUGCACUACUACACACCGCGCCGGGUUCCGAUGAAAAUCCCGCUGUGUAUUCUUCUCCUAACGAUUCGGAUUUGUUAUAACGCUGCCUGUGCUUGGGAAUAUGAUAUCUCACCUCUAUCCCAUCUUACUAACCCAGGCUGGAUAUAUGGGUUGGGAUAUUUACCAAUAUUUUUGAUUAUGGCCGUCAUGAUUUUUUAUGGAUGGAGGGAACCGAACGAGGACCAAGAAAUUCUCAAACAGAGAAGAGAGAGGGAAUUUCAGCUCAAUGUCGAAAUGAAUGCGUCCAAAGGGGAGAAGAAGGAGAGAGACGAGAGGUUGAUGAAACUGGGGCGAAUGAGCGACAACGAUAGGAAGAUGGUGUAA